AUCGGUAUUCGUUCGCAGGCAGCGCCUGAGAACACGUCGCGAUCUGAUCUACGAACCUCCGAAGCGCUUGGGAAUCAUCUUUCUCGUCUUCCCACCUUGCUGGGCUCCAAGGUUGCCUCAACUGAGUUGAGUUUCAGAGCGGGCCCGUGGCCUUUGCUCCUGCCUGUGAGCCUGGUUCGACAUCCUCACGACGAGAAAGCCGUCGCGCCUUUGCGACUUGACCUCUCCCUUCCUCCCACAACAUGUACCCACAGGGUGCAGCUAUGGCCGCACAACAGCAGAAGCCAGAGACGUUCAUGCUGAGCACUGAGGCUCAGCAAUCCCUUCCUCAAGAUGCUCAGGUAGCUCUGCAGCAGGUUGACAAUCUCAAAUAUUUUCUCAUUUCGGCGCCAGUUGACUGGUCACCCGAUCAAUACAUUCGGCGGUUUCUUCUUCCGACUGGCGAGUAUGUAUCGUGCGUGCUAUGGAACAAUCUGUUCCAUAUCUCCGGCACGGACAUCGUUAGAUGUCUCUCGUUCCGUUUCCAGGCUUUUGGGCGUCCCGUGAGGAAUUCAAAGAAGUUCGAGGAAGGCAUUUUCUCGGAUUUGCGGAAUCUGAAAUCGGGCACCGACGCGUCGCUGGAGGAACCUAAGAGCCCGUUUCUUGACUUCCUUUACAAGAACAACUGCAUUCGGACGCAGAAGAAGCAGAAGGUCUUCUAUUGGUACAGCGUUCCGCACGACAGGCUCUUCUUGGACGCCCUCGAGAGAGAUCUGAAGCGGGAGAAGAUGGGUCAGGAGGCAACAACGGUCGCUGUCAGCGAGCCCGCCCUCUCGUUUCAGUACGAUUCGUCGCAGUCGCUGUACGAGCAGCUCACAAAAGCCCAACAAGCGAACACUUCAGCAUUUAACGCGGCGCAGCAAGUUGCGUUUUCCCAACCUCAAGCCCCGUCUCCGGUAAUGCCGGCGAUGGACCCAAUGCCUCCUCCCCAGAUGAUGAUCCCCCAGUCAAUGGCCCCUUUAGCGGAUGGGAUGGACGCCAUGGCGCAGUACGGCGGGUCGAUGUCGAUGGCGCCGACCAUGGCUCAACCUCAACCGGUGAUCAAGCGGGAGCCUGAUUACUCGCGUGUUCAGUACAAUCAGAAUGGAGUUCCGAUCGGCCCGACGCACCAGCGACACACGUCAAUGCCCGCUUUCGCACUUGAAUAUUCGCCCGCACCAUCGUUUGUCUCGUCCCAUUAUGAUGAGUACAGCCAGCGCGGUAUCUCGUUCGAACCUCUGACGCCUCCCCAGCAGGCUCUCGCCAUAGCAGGAGAGCCUGCCUACAUCGCCAACGAGGAGACGGGCUUGUACAGCGCUAUCCCGGACCUUACGCCUGUCGGCGCCCUCAACGGCAUGAUGCAGCUCCCGCCAUCAAACCUGGCUGCUCCCUCGUUCUCGAGAGCUUACGGCUCUAACAAUGUCUACUCCGUCAUCGAAGGAUCUCCGACAUACAAGCAGCGAAGGCGGCGUUCCUCCAUCCCUCCAUCCUUGUCGGCCACUACCUCGGCGAUGGCUGCGGCUACCUCUGCGACCCACCGACCCUCAGAUCUCCGGAGAUCAGUAUCCGCGUCAGUAGGUCCCGUUGCCGAAGGCGAGGAGUCCGCGGAGACAUCACCACCGGGCCUCACAUAUAGCAACUCGGGGAUGCCGAUGGGCAGCCAGCAGCACAGGGAGGUCGUGGACUUGUCUCGCCAUGGUACUCCGCUCUCGACCGUUGAGGGCAGUCCCGCUCUCAAUCCUAUGGCGCUCCAGCAACACGACUUCUCUCCACUCACGGGCGACGAACUGAGCGAGCAGCAACGGUCAAUGAUGCACGGUCCGCACGUGGUACGCAAAGCCCGCUCUGCAACCGUCGAGCUGGGUCCCUAUCCCCAGAAAUCCCAUUCCUGCCCCAUUCCCUCAUGCGGCCGUAUGUUCAAGAGGCUUGAGCACUUGAAGCGGUAAGACUGCACAUCAUUCCAUUUGUGAACAGUUUCAUUUGUCAGCAUGAGCCUCCUGCUGCGGAUCUAACC